AUGAUGCGCUCAGAGCCACGAUUCGACCCCAAGCGGAAACGUAUCGAUCACAAGAAGACUCAGUUCGCAACCGCAUCCUAUAAAGAAAACGACUAUCCCUUCCGGCUGUCUUUCUACGAUGUUCCCCCUACCCAGGAAAUCAGCCUGGAAGAAUUCGAGACAUGGGCUAUCGACAGGUUGAGGGUACUUGCGGAGAUCGAGGCUUGCUCAUUCAGAAACAAGUCGCCCGAGGAGACCUCCGCCCACCUUGAACCUUUGCUCAAGAAAUACCUCCCGCUCUCGUCCAAUUCAGCAGCUCCGGGAGGUAUUGUGGACCAGAAAUUGAAAAAUCAACGGCGCAAGGACCAUUACUCUCACUACAUUCUUAGACUGGCCUUUUCAAGAACAGAGGACCUCCGCAGACGCUUCGCCAGAGUCGAAACCAUGUUGUUCCGACUUCGUUUCCAGUCAGAUGACACACGUGAACGUCAAGCCUUCGUCGAAAGCUUAAACAUGAACUGGGAGGUAGUGCAAGAGGAAGAGAAGAGAGCGAUGGGAGAGCAACUGCUGUCCGCUACACCUGGUCUUCGACGUCUCGAGGGCGAGAACUGGUUUAAAGUGGAUUGGACCCGUGUGCCGGAAUUGGUCGAGCACCGAACCGUCCUUGUGCGGAAAGGCAAGGCAUAUGUUCCGAUGCGCGAACAGACCAGCAUGGUGCUCACCGAGUUCACGAGCCGUCUGGACAGAGGUCUCGAGCUGACGGCCCGCAACCUGCCGCGACUCGAUGAAGAUGAUCGUCUGUCGCCCAUCCUGGACCACCUUUCCAAAAACUUCGCUACUCCCGAUGCCGGCUUCUCCGACUCGGACUCUUCCCUCGCCGGUGCUGCCAUCACUGCGGCCAACAUCGACAACCUCUCACAGCAUUUCCCCCUCUGUAUGAAGCACUUGCACAACACGCUUCGGAAGAAUAGCCAUUUGAAGCACUUUGGCCGCCUACAGUACACCCUCUUUCUCAAGGGUAUUGGGCUCAAUCUGGAAGACUGCCUCAUCUUUUGGAGGCAGGCAUUCAAACUCAUCACGGACGACCAAUUCAACAAGGAAUACCGCUACAACGUUCGCCACUCAUAUGGCGAUGUCGGCGGCGACGCGAAUCGUCGUGGGCGGGGAUAUGCGCCCUAUUCAUGCCAAAAGAUUCUCACAGAACAUCCGCCCGGCACUGGUGAAGCUCAUGGCUGCCCUUAUAGACAUUUCAGCGUGGACAAUCUCACCGCCAUGCUCCAAGCCACAGGAGUCCACGAUCGAGAAGUUCUGAGAGGUGUCAAGGACGACGUGGAGAAAAAGAGGUUUCACAUCGCGUGUAACCGUGUGUUUGAAUGGGCACAUAAGCAGGAAAUCAAAAAGGUCAAGGACGAAGGUAUAUGGGGACCUGCUGAGCUGGAGACGAUUGUCCACCCGAACACCUACUUCAAGAGGAGUUACCUGCUGAAGAACUUGGGAAACUCAGCCAAGCAGGACGUCAAAAUGGAGGAUUGA